AUGCUAUCGAGUGCAGAUAAUCAGACCAAGUCCGCUCGUCGGCGGAAAGGUCCCUUCCUAGAUGAUACCGGGUCCGAUUCAGACACCGAUAUGCCGUCUCAUUACAAGACUCCAACAAGAGCAAACCGUGAUCCGGUUCAGGAAUUCAACUUCUUUGAUGAGCCAAUCGAAGAGUCGACUAAUGAUAUGCGCAACGAAGACCACGCAAUGGGAAACACUGAGCAUGCUACUUGCCCGUCCCAGUCUACUGAGCAGUCUGAGCAGUCCGACCUUUUCGUUACGAAUAUGGAAGGACAGAGCGACGUUGCUCUGCCUGAGAAGGACAAUAUCAGAAUCAAGUCUGAGCCCGAUAUAGAGGAGGAAAGCGAGCUUACGAUCAUCGACCACGCUGAAGCCUCUUCUGAAGCGCAGACGAAGUGGUCAGUUCCGCGGCGUCCCAUCGUCAUUGACUUGGCCACCGCGGUCAAACAAGAGCCAUUGGCCGAUGCCGAACCAAUGAUUCUAGACUCGGGAAGCCAGUCUUCCAUCAAGGCACUCGAGCGAAGAAUGAAAGAGAUACAAUCCAAAGCUCUGACAAGUCCUCUGACCAGCGACGAGUUUGCCGAGAUGGCGCACAUCAUGACUCAGCUCAGUCAACCCGCGAAGGCCCCAACUACCGUCACAUUGCCUGACCCCAAUCAUCAUGAGCAGGAACCUAGCCAAGAAAAUGACAAGAAGAAGAAACGAAAGAGGAGAGCCCCUGUAGCAAAUGCAGCAGAAUAUUGGGCGAGGAGGGAGGAAGAGGAACAAGAGCGAAAUGCCAAACAACAGAGUGACGUCCACAACAACACCUCAAGCAAGGCUAAACGGAUAAAGGCCAAACAGACAAGAAUCUUGGGUAACAAUGGCAGUGAUCUGGAUGACGAAGAACUCGAUAGUCUGAUUGACAAAAUGCUUAAGCCAUACGACGCUAUUCAGCACCGAGCAGAUCAGGGAGACUUGCCUACAGCACCAACCAUCACAGCAACCAGAACGAACGACCAACUGAAGCAGAUGCGAGAAGCCGCCCCUGAGUAUUUUGAUAAAAAUUUUCUCGACAAGCAAAAGCGAGAGCUUCGACAGGCUACAAGAUCUUGGGGGCCUCAUGCAGUUCACUGCAAGGACGGCAAAUGGGAAGUCAAGGGCUUGGUUACUCCGCUCUUGAAUCACCAGCUCACCGUCGGAGCCUGGAUGAUGGGCCAGGAGCUGAGAACAACGCCAAAUCUGCCAAGAGGAGGUAUUCUUGCCGAUGCCAUGGGGCUGGGAAAGACCAUUGAGUCUUUGUCCUGCAUUGUGGGCAACCAAGCCUCGGAUAGUCUCAAGGAAGCAGGGAAGGGAACAACACUGGUGAUUUGUCCAUCAGGGCAAAUGAUCAGCCAGUGGAUUUCCGAGCAUUGCAGCAAACUCUUUUCGAGGAGCAUUAUUCACUUCAAGUCCGGAGGUAAUAUGGACGCUAAUUUUCUGUCGUCUUUCAACAUUGUUUUCGCCAGUUACCAUCAGCUGAGAGCCAGCACCCCCUCGAAACAAGAAAGGGAGAUGAUGAAGAUACAGCUUACGGAUCCAGGCGAGUAUGAAAAUUGGCUGCAGGAGCAAACAGGGGUUCUUCAUCGCAUCGAAUGGCAUCGAGUUGUUCUUGACGAAGCCCAUUGCAUUAAGAAUCACUUGACACAUGGCAACGGCGCUUGCGUCCUUCGAGCUCAAGGCCAAGUAUCGUUGGGCGAAUUCUUCUCUUACCUGAAGUUUAUUCGAUGCCCAAAAGUGGGCGAUUUCAGUGACUAUCUUCGGGAAUACGAAGCCGGCCGCAACAAGCUUGCCAGCAACGUCAUCUAUAGAACACAGGGCGACUUUUUCCUUGGGCAGCCAAUCUUGAACUUACCGACUACUCACCCGACGCACCAAUAUCUAACCCUUUCUGCAGAAGAAAUGGUGGUUUACAGAAUGAUGGAGAGGUGCUUCAGAAACAAGGUCAAUCAAGACCUAGAGAAUGGUAAAGCCGAGAGUCAAGUCAAAUGCUACUUGACAAUUUUGCUCCGUCUGAGACAAGCUGCAACCCACCCUUUCCUGCUCGAGAGCAUGAUGGGAGAAUACUUCUCUCUGAAAGACUUGCAAGUAACCAAGGAAAAGCUCCAGGCACUCAAAGGCGGUGCUACCGUCUACGCCCAGAUCGGCACAUGGACUCAGAGGCAAACAAUAACCGAUGCGCGUAUCAAGAAGGUAUACGACGAAGCAGAGAAGGUGAAACAGCAAAGGCUUCAAAAUGCCCGCAAAGGAAGCUUGGAAGCGAUGAACAUCCGACUCAGCGAAGGUGAGAAGCGAGACGAAAUACAAACGAGCACUGUCCAAGACACAGUCACCUCGCGAAACGAUGCAAACGUGGUCGACGAUUCCGAUGAGGUGAACAGUCAAGACGAGGUAGAAGAGGACGAGAACGGCAUGGCCCCUCAGAGAACCAGAUCUGGUCUCGAAGUCGAAUCUGACAGCACAGCUCCUAUCGCCAAAGACGAGCCUCAACUCGAUCCCUUCGGCCGCUCCGACUUCGGCUUGGUUUUCGACAUGAGCAAGCAAAUAGAGUAUCUUGAGAGGCUCAAGGAGAUUGACAAUGCCGUUUGCGUUGCAUGCAAAGCCAAACCCCCUCUGGUGCCCGUCAAGGGACGCUGCGGUUGCAUCUUUUGUGGUCACUGUGUAAUGGCACAUUUAGCAAACAAGGUGUUUGAAGGAAACCACACACUGCUGACGGCCUGUAAGGGGAGAAACUGUCCUAAAUGUCGUAGGAUCAUUGGCAUUGCGAGGCCAUUUGAAGCCUUCAGGGGCGAUGACACGGACGAAGAGCGUGAGAAUGAUGCUAGCAUGCCCCAAGAAAACACCAGAGACAGUGAAUAUUCGAAGGGUUUUGAUUACACUGGGUUCCAGCAUCCAGAAGACGACAAAAAGAACAAGAAACCGAUUAGAUUCUUGCAGAUCAGCGACAAGAGACCCGGUGUGCCUUUAACUCCCAGCGCCAAAAUGACAGCGCUCAAGGAAACUAUUCUGAGAUGGCAGGCGGAAGCUCCGGACGACAAGAUCAUCAUCUUCAGUCAGUUCAGUGUCGUCAUGAAAAUCAUUGGCCGCAUCUUGGAGUCGGAAGGCAUCUGCUUCGCCUACCUCAGCGGCAAGCAGAACACGGAGCAGCGCAACAAGGCUGUAGACGAAUUCCAGAACGGCAACAGGGUCAAGGUCCUGAUAGUCUCUCUGCGUGCUGGAGGACAGUGUCUCAACCUGACGCGCGGAAACCGAGUCAUUCUCAUGGAACUCUGGUGGAACCACGCCGUCGAGCAGCAGGCCUUUGCCCGCGUUUUUCGCAUCGGCCAGAUCAAGGAGACUCACUUUGUCCGCUUUAUCGUCAACACUCCCAUUGAGAGUCGCAUGCUUGAAAUGCAGGUUGGAAAGAUACUCGCCAUCGAUGAGGCCCUCCAGGACGAGGCGGUGAGAGCGCCUAAAAUUAGCCUGAAAGAUAUCGCCAGUCUCCUGGGUAGGGUGACGACGCGGGGCGAUGGUUGCAUGCACAUUGAGCCUGAUAACUACGACGAUGAGUAUAGCGACGAUGAAGUUCCUACGGUUGAGGACGAGCAGAGCGAUCUGGACGACCUCGUUGUCCCCGACGACGUGGUUGAGUACGAGGAUGCUGAGGAAGGCGGGUUGACCUCCGAUGACGAGUAAUUUCGUGGCCAAAAGACACGAUUACGAGAAAUCAGCGAAGAGAUGAACACGGCCAAUUUCUACAUGAUUGGUUCAUUUACACGAGAAUGAUUCUACAGGGAGCAUUUACGUCUAGUUGGCUCAGCGACGGAGCCCAGCAACAUACAGCAGCAACAAACUACGAGACAUUUCGACGCUUCCAACAGAACAAGCGUCAAGCGAC